CUCUGGAGUGUAGUAAACCCUAAUGCAUUGGGUAAAGUCGACAUGAAUUUUCUGAUCAAUUCAACUAAGGUUUCUUCUACGAUGCGAUAAACCUUUUUUGUAUUACUGGUAAGAAAUUAGGGUUUCUGGGAUUGGGAAGAUAUGGCAGGGGAACCAGAGCACAGCAGAAGAAAAGAAGCUACCAGUAGCCGCAGUACUGGGAAGAACACUGCUGAUAAUGGAGGAGAAGAAGAAGAAGGAAAAGGAACAAUCACAAGGAUUUUCGUGGGAGGCUUGGGGGCGAGUGUGACGGCCGAAGAUCUUCGCAAAACUUUUUCCUCUCUGGGCACUGUGGAGUCUUUGGAGAUUGUUCGCACCAAAGGCCGCAGCUUUGCUUACUUCGAUUUCCUUCCCUCUUCCAUCAAAUCUCUUCCCAAGCUCUUCUCCACGUAUAAUGGGUGCAUGUGGAAAGGAGGUAGGCUGAGACUUGAGAAGGCUAGAGAACAUUAUCUUCUUCGGUUGAGACAGGACUGGGCAGAAGAUGCUAAACUUGCUAACAGUGGAACUGAUGAUUCUGUUGAUGUAUCUAAACCUGUGGGUUCUCCUAAAAAACUCAGCAAUGGGUUGAACCUGAAAAAGACUGAGGUUCGGCUUUUCUUCCCUAAAUUAAGAAAGGUGAAAUUGUUGCCUUUUAAUGGAAGUGGUAAGCACAAAUACAGUUUCCAACGAGUUGAAGUUCCUCCUCUCCCAAUUCAUUUCUGCGAUUGUGAGGAGCAUUCUGAUCCUUCUCACAGUGCUAAAGAAAAAAAGAUUUCUGAGCUUGAAACACAAGUCCAUGGCAUGGACGAGAAAGAGCUAAAUAUGAUGGAGUCAGUGAUGAAGAAGCUCUUUGAGGGGGAAAUUUUUUUGAAGCCAGACUGCAAUGCGACUGGAUUGAUAGAGGAGGGAGAUGAAGCUGCCAAAUCAGUUGACCAGCUACAGGAUACAAAUGCAAUAGAUCAUAUGACCGAUGAGGAUAACCUCAUAAUGAACUUGGUUGCAGGGGGAAAGAAUUUAGCAACUUUGUUGGGGAGGCAGGGACAGGAAACAAAUUCACCAGAUGAGGGAUCCACAGUCAAACUACCGACGUCUAAAGGCCGGGCAUCUGAGAAUGUGCUUAGAAGUCAAAAAAGGAAAACUGUACCUUCUACCAAGAAAAGGAAAUUCUCUCUAAUUGAAGAGACUGAUGGGAUUGAAGUUCUCUCUACUAACAUGAAGAAGAAGAAGAAGAGUGUAAAUAAUAACCAUUCAAAUGAAUCGGUUCAACCCAUUGAAGUAGGAUCAGUCAGCCGGCAAUCUAAUACCAAUAUUUCAUGGCCACAGAAGUCCAUUGGCAGCGAGUUAGCUGGUGAGAGAGAUGACACUUCGUUUGGCACUUCACAUAUAAAGCCCGGCAUAGUUCCUGCAAGAGACGAAUCAAAGAGUGAUAAUACUAGCGUUCCCUACUUGUCUGAUCAUCCAAACCAGAACCUGGUAAAGAGUAUAAACUUGGAAUCUCAGCCCAGCCUGCCUAAUGUGCAAAAGGAGCCUGCUGCAACUCAAUCAAAUGAACCAAGUGCAGCUUUGAAUAAAUCGGCCAGAGGUGCUUCAUGGCUACAAAAGUCAUCGUGGACCCAACUGGUUGGCGGGACAAACAGUUCGUUCAGCAUUUCACAACUUUUACAAGGUACAACUUCCAAAAGGCAAGAGCAGGAGGAACCCAAGAGCGAGGAUGCUAUGACUAAAACCGUGUUGGUGAAGUCAAGUAGCAAUGGUUCUUCUAGAGAUUGUGCUAAUGCUUCAGGUGUUUGCACCGGCGUUGCCCUUACAUCUCCUCAUAGUUCCAAAACGGUUGGUUUGGCUGUUGGUCUGGAUCAUGAGUCACGGCAAAAAGGUGUGCAAACUUUAGGGAAAACUGAUGCUACUUCUGCCCAAAAAUUCGAAGCACAAAGAGUGCAACCACCGAACAGAAACUUUGCCAUCGGUGAAACUUGCUCUUUCAUGAGGAGUGCCUCUUCCAUGAGAGAAUGGACGAGUGCUAAAGCAGCUUUAAGCGGGUCAUUGAAGAAAAAGAAUAAGGAGAAGUAGGAGCUGAGCUUGCCAGAAAUUCUUCAUGGUUUGAGGAGCUAAUUUAGUUUGAUUCCUUCCAUCUGGCGUUAAAGAAUAUUGUAUUGUUUCCACGGACGGUCGAGGAAGAUGAGUUUGGACCAUGCACAUUUUAAGUAAUAUUUCCAUGCACCGAUGACCAUGAGAAAUUUAAAUGGGUUUUUUGUGACAA